UGAAUCUUUCGCAAUUCGCUUCAGUUCGUCCAGCAGAGAAGCAACGCUCGUUCCGCGACGAUGUUCUUCACGCUGCAGUUUAUAUCUACUGUAUAUAGGCAGCUUUAGGCGGGUUAACACGCGAAAUUUUUUUCAAAAAUUUUCAAAACAUAACCUCAAAUACAUGACUCGAUACAUUUCACACGAAAAUAUGUAAAGUGGUGCGUCAGGUUUCCAAAGUUUGUGCUUGGCGGAAUUGUUUGACAGUUUUCCAAACGAAUCCUCGUGAAGCAAUCCGCAAGCUGCAUGUCGACCGAAACCUGCUUCGUCCAAAUGGAUUGAUCUUCUCUACUUCCGAAGAAAUUUUGUUUGGAUUGCGUCACAUUUAUUAUACAUGAAUGGUUGGAGAUUCGCCAGACAUCGUCGGAGAAGGAUCGAUUUCAGAUCUAGGAGAUCUAGAGGGAUGGUGGAAUAAUCAUGCGAUAGUGGUCUGGAGUUUCGCCUUUAUUGGCUGUUUCUUACUCAAUGUCAUACUUCUAAUGGCAUUCCUCGUACGUCCGUCGCUACGGACCAUUUCCAACAGGUUUGUCAUGAACCUAACCGUGUCAAACCUGUUGGUCUGUGCCAUCAUGAACCCCCUACUAAUAAUGGACGCUAUUUCAACGUCUUCCAACUCCUCCAUACUCGACUCUGCACCUGUACUGAAUAUUUGUUCAAUGUCAGAGGGAGCAAUGGCGGUAGUAACAACAUCUUCGGUCUUCUCGGUCCUGUUAAUCGCUGUGGAUCAAUACUUUGCCGUGAUGGAUCCUCUACGUUACCGUGCUCGUGUGGACAAACUGAAAUGCGGCAUUCUAAUCCUCUCCACCUGGAUGAUCUCCAUAGUUUUCGGCUUUCUCGCUUUCUUCAACUCAAAUCCUCAAAGUCUUUGGCUUUUCUGCAUCUCCAAAGAACAAAAUUCCGUAAGUUUCUCCACAGAAUCGACUCUCACAGUAUUGGAGAACAAAACCAAUAGCAACGAGCUCAAUACCAGUGCAAUUCCUGAAACAGUGGAAACUGUUAGUCUCAGUGACGACAUAGAUCUUAUAGAGAAUACUACUGUGAUCUUUGAUACGCUUAUAGACGAUACAAUCACUUAUGGCUUUAUUUAUGCCAUUGUUUAUACCAUAUUUGCUUAUUUCAUCCCAUUCAUUGCCGUCUGCUGGAUCUAUGUCACUAUUUACGUGGCUGCACAUAGAAAUUCGGAAAGAGCUAGAAGAAGUGGCUCUAGGCCUAUAUUAUCUUCAGCAAGCUUUAGCGAAGAGCAGAAUGGCCCUUUGAGGAACCAACGUCUUCAGGCGGAUACUGUAGAGGAUAUUAGAAAGUUACCUAAGAUAUCGAGUUUGUCUUCGAUUGACGAGACCAGCGAGACUAUGCAACCCACCGGUCAGUUGUCUAGAAGGCGAUCCUUUGCUUCUUCUAUAGAUAUGGAUGCAUCUUCUCCACCCGAAGAAGCGGAGGAUAAAAAGCCUUCUAGAAUUGUUUUUACGGUUGGUCCACAGAGAGUCGAAGUCUCUCAAUCUACAAAUGAAGAAAACUAUAUUAAUGAUAAUUUAAGCAAUUGUAAUUCGGUAAUGGAGAAAGAUGCCAGAGAGAGUAAGUGUCAGGAUUUGCAGAAGCAAGAUUUGCAAACUUCGGGAUACGAAGAGACGAAAGAAUCGUCUAGAGAUCUAAAAGAUCACAAACAGGUGAAUAAUUGGAUCUCAAGAAGUUUUAUCGACGAGAGCAGUGAUUCUGAGGAAGAAACUCGCUUUGAAUGCUUCGAUAAAAAAUUCUCACCUCUCUGUAACUAUUCUUCGAAUUUAUUCCAAGAAUCACUGCAAGUCUCUGAAAUUAUCAAAGAAGAAAAUAAUGAAAGCAAACAGAACGAUAUUAACAACGAUCGGAAAGAAGAACAUUUGGUGCAAGUAGAAGUCGAGUUGAAGAACCAAAUAUUGAGUCAAGGAGACUCUGAAUUAUCAGUGAAUUUUUCAGAAACGAGGCCCAACCGUAGGUUAUCGUCAUCCUUGAAUAAAGACGCUUCUCUAUCUCAUACAUAUGAAAACAGUAACAAGACUGAAAAGACUAACGGUAGCAGCGUUACAGAAUCGUCCUCGUGUUUGCUAGCACCAAUAGUGACAAUAACCCCAGCGCCAAGCAAGAACGACAACCUGCAUCGUGUUUCGAGCGUGAGGAGCACCUCGAGUUACAUACACUCUCUAAAGGACAGGAUAAGCAAUGGUUCUAUAUUUAGGCACAGAGAGGAGACGAGGGCGGCGCGAAUAAGUGCUCUGGUGAUCGUGAUGGGUCUGAUCUGCUGGUCGCCGUACGUGAUAUUACUGGUAAUGAAGAAUCUACCUCGAUCCACUGACCAACAUUUGCCCCAUAAAUACGACGUGUUGGCCUCCAGCCUCUUGAUCUUGGCCGCGUAUAUCAGCCCACUGUUGUUCGGCUAUAGAUCAAAAAGAGUGAAACGCGAGUUAAGAAGGUUCUUCUGCUUCAGGAGAGAAUUAUCUUAUAAGAACAAUAGAAGCUUAAUGGCUAAAAAGGUGUUGAGGAGGAGACACAGUAGUAAUCUCAGUCACUUUGAGAUGGAUCAUAAGUAUAAUAUAUUCAGUUGCAUGUAUGGGAAGAAUCGAUGGCCCAAGGAAAAGGUUCAAUUUGUCCAAGUACCAGACACGGCGCUAGCUGUGGAAACUUGCAGGAGUAGCUUCUCUAGCGGAGCCAGUACUCAGAUCUCCAGCACCUCGACGGAGGAAUGUUGAGAUCCGUGAUGUUCCUGACUUAAUCAUGUUCAUAGGCUUCUUUUUAUAUUGGAGAUGGUUUUUGUGGAGUACUUAAUGCGCAGUUAAUUGUGUGCAGGUGUUUCAGUUGGUUUUAGAUGAGAUGUUGAUAGGUUUUGAGUGAACAAGUAGAAUUGGUUAUAUUGAGUGAUUUGAAGAAACAAUCGAGUGAUUUAGAGAAAUAGAGCCACUAAUAUUUUAAUAAUAAUAAUAGGUUGGAAAAGAAAGAAAUCUUUAACUACAGAUUGUUCAUCUCUGGAGAAAGCUUGUGUUUUUAUCUAGUUUCUACAAUUUGAUAGAGAACUUUAAAAACAUUACCAGUUGAAUAUUUUCAAUACUUAAAAAUAUAUAUGUCAUUAAAAACACUAACUAUAUUAAAUUUUAAUAGUAUAGAGAUUAAGUUCUCAAGUAAGAGUCUGUAAUUAAGGAUUGCUCUUGAAGGAAAUUGAGACGUAUAGAGAUUUUAUUUCAAGACGGAUAUCUGUUUAGUUUUUUUUUUUAAAUAAACAAUGUUCUGUCUAUCUAUAUCCAAUUUUAAUACUUUGAAAGAAACACUCUUCAUAGAAAGAAAUCAUACUCACAUUGAAAAAUGAUUGAUUUAAUAGAACAUUGGUGCUAAUGAUAGAACAGUGGUUGUUGAUAUACUGUGCAGAAAUAACUUCAAUUUUUAAACAAGAUAUAAACUGCAGUCAUUACAACCAUUUGACUCAAAAUUAUAAAAAUAUAUUAUCUAAAACUAUAAAAAUUAUAAAAAUAUAUAUUCGACACUCUUUGUUGUAAAUGAAGUUUGAACCAGGUAAUGGUUAUAGUCUACAAUUUAUUACAAGAAAGAAAGAAAAACUGCAUUCAUACUUUGAUCAUCAGAGAAUAUUUUUCUAAAAAAAAGAUCGUAAAAUAAAUGUUAUUUUACUUAUAAUAACAAAUAUCUUCUUAGAUGUAUUUAACUCUUCAGAAAAUUUUUUUUUAGAGAAUAUUUUCCUUCGAUGAAAAGUAAAAUUAAAUGUAAAAUAUAAUUUAAAUUCAGAUCUAUGCAAAUGGCCAAAUAAUAGAGAAAUGUUUUUAACAUUGUAUCUACUUACCAAAUCUUUACAAUAGUAAAAUAUGCUUGUAAUUUCCCUAUGUGUUAACUAUAAAUAACUGUAAAUUAUUUCUGUACAUAAAUCAUGAAAGUUUAGUAAAAUAAUUAUAAGUUAUUUUGUAAGACAAUUAUAAAUGAAAACAAAAGAAGUGUAUUAUUCUAUUGAGAAAGGGAAAUUAAAUUAUACAGUCUUUCUAUAGAUGUAAUCAAUAUCAAUAAACAUUUCUUUUGAAAUUAGAAAAUAACUGGUGACAGGAAUAUUAGGAUGGAGUAUCUAUAAAUGAAUACAGAUCAUGCACAAUUAGUAUUUAGAAGAAUCAAUGUGAAAAUUCAGCAAAUGAAACCAAUGAGUAUACAUAAGUACACAUUAAAACAAUUAAGCGUGAAAAUGAUAUACAGUCAGUUACAAAAUUCUUGGUAUGCUCUAUAAAAAGACUAGUUUUUAUUAAAAUAAAACAUCUUCAUCACAUUCUUAUUUAUGAAUAUGAUUUACAUGAUUUAUAUUCACAUUUACAUUUUAUAGUUCUAUAUAUUCUCAUAUAUGGAAUAAAAAUACUUUAUUAAAUUAAUAAAAACAAAAUAUAUUUAAUAUAUCUUAAUAAUAUAUUAGAUUUAAAAAUGAUACUAUAUUAAAUAUACAUCUUUGUUAUUAGGGCGUGUGAGAACUUUUGUGACUGAUUGUACUUUUCUAAAAGUGAAAUGUUUGGGUAAAUCGAACAUAAUAAUUUAAUUCGGUGGAAAACAAACUGAAGAACCAUUCUGCAGUAUAACAAACAACUAAUUCCUAAUUCCUGUAGCCAGCCUAUAAAUAAUAAUAAGCUAGUUAUAAGAUAAAAAGUGCGAAUUAGUCAGCAUACACAGAAUCAUACUUGUCAGUCAUAUAUGAUUCCUUUAAUACACAGAGAUGAAUAUGUGUAAGACAUAACAUUAUGUUUGUUCCACUAAUUAUUCGUACUACUUUUUCAAUGAGAUGUCAAUAGUAUUAUCUAGGUAUGUAUAUACGUAUACAUACAUAUAUGUAAGGUAUUUAAUGUUUAUGUAACAUUGGAUUAUGUUAUUUAUAGGAGUAAAUUAAUAAUACUGUCAACGAGGCUGUACAGAAGAUAUAUAGAUCCUCAUGUUUGUUCAAGUGAUGAUAUCCACAUUUUACGUCAUGAUAUCUGUAAAAUAUCAGGAGUUAUAUGCGUUGUUCUGUUCACAAUCAUAAUUAUACAUAUGUAUAUAUAUAUAUAUAUAUAUAUAUAUAUCAUAUGUACAAUCUACAUAUAUAGCAGAGAUCAUAGCUAUUAACUAAAUAACACAAUAACUAAUUGAAACUUAUCACAUACUAUUAAUGAUACCUAAAAUAGUAUUGCAAAGAAAUCUAUAUUUUUAUUCAUUGAAUUUAUUAACCUGAAUCGGUUAACUAAUGAAAUUAAAAUUUAAAUCAUUCAGGAAUGGAGAAAUUGUUGAAAUUGAAUGUUUUAAUUACUAUAUAGAAAUCCGCAGAUACAUAGAAAGUUCUUGGCCAAUCAUAUUCUUACACAAAUUCAUAUUUUUAUGGUGGAAUUUAAAUAUGGGCAUUUAUUGCAUUCACUAAAUAUUAUUAUAGGUACUUUAUCUUGUAUGUUUUCUGUAUAUUGUUUUAUAAUAUAUUAUAUAAUAUAUUAUAACAUAUUAAGUUUAUUCUAUACAUUUCUGAAUUUUCCAAUUUUCUCUCUUUAAAUCUCAUUGCCAGUACAAUACUUGUGGUCUCUACUAUAUCUCAUAGCACAGAUCAUAUGAUUGAAUCGUUUCACAGACAUACAAUAACAAAGUUGUCAGGUGAAGUGUUGGUACACAAGACACUUUUUACAUCUCUUGUGUAUCCAAUGACACUUCACAUAAAACGUUCACUGUAACAUGUUUUGUUAUUACAGAACUAUUCAGUGAUGUACAAUAAGCAACACUUGAAUAAAUUAUAUAUGUGUUUAUUACCGAUAUAAACGAAGAUCACAUAGGAAAAAUAUGACAAAUUCAUUUUUGUUGAUAUCGUGAUUUUUAAAUUACGGACACUUAUGUCCAUGAUUCAUACUUUCGCAAAUUCGAUUUAGAAAAUGGAAUCUAGAUAGACAUUAGUUUUGACUUUUAAGUACUAUAAUUAUACUAUAUUUUGAAUAUUUUAUUUCUCUGUAUUUUGCAUUUUCAAAUUUCCUAUAAAUGCAUAAUUUGAAUGUCACUUAUAGAGUAACUAAAAAUACUUUUGCAGUCGAACUUCAGGAACCCGAAUUUCAAGGGAAAAGCUAAAAUCUUUGACCUAUGGAGACUAUGUCGAAUUUUAUUUUUCGCGAAAUUUAAGAGAAAUUUAACGAGCGAAAACGGUUUAAAAAUGUUUUGAUUAAUAUUUUUCGAAUUGUAGAGGCUCGAAGAAAAAGGAAUUCAUCUUUCAAAGAUGGACUAUCUAUUUGGAAUUUAGAAAAGUGAAUAGCAGUUUAACUUAUAUAGGUUGUAUUUGUGGGACGUGCGCAGGUGGAGCGAGGGCCAGGAGAGCAUGGUGAAUGCAGGUUGAUUAGGUUACGGUAUUUCAUUAUAAGAUGUAGAUACGUAUAUACCUGUUACUUCGAGGUGUAAUCAAAUUUUUAUUUAUAGAUCCCAUUUUUAUCUAUUUUAUGAAGGUUUUUAAGUUAAAGAAGUUCGAGGUAUCGAAGUUUGACUAUAUAAACAGUUCUAGGUAUAUAAUAUGUGUAGAGUGCAGACUUCUAUGCAAAUCAUAUUUUUAUGAAUUCAACCGAAGGAAUGGAAAUUAAAUAGAAAAUUGUUCUAUCCACUAAAUAUCAUGAUUAGCGCUUUACUUUGGAUGUAUUAUAUAUUUCUGCAUAUUUUGUCUAUUUUGUAUUGUAUUAUUUUCAUAUAAAUGCAUAAAUAUCCACAAGCUAAAUAUGGAUUUGUUUGGUAACAUGCGUUUGGUUAACAGCAUAUUGAAUUCAAAAUGAAAGCGUGACUUACUAUGUUUUUCCCUUGUGGUUUUCAAAUUUCGAAGUAUUUUCGCCAGUGAACGUGUACAUAUGUAAAUAUGUAAUAUACACACCUUCAACACACGCAACAAUAAUAUUUCAUGACAAGUUUUUUGAGCCUUGAAGUAAUCGAGGAUAGUUUCUCUGAACUAUUUUGUACAUUACAAAUAAAGGAUAAUUUUUUAUUUAUAUUAAAUAAUCUGUACAUAAAAGAAAUGAUUUGAUGAUGAAUCUUGGUAUAAGUAUAUUUGUUGUGUAUCGUGUGUUACACAGUUGGUGCGACGUGUGUGUUUUCGAAAUAUGUAUUUUUAUAUAUCUGUCGAGACGCGUAAAUACAUGUAUGUAUAUUCAAUAGGCUGUUUUUAAAAUACAGUGGAAAAUAAAAAUUA